UGCAAAUAAACACUGUCAGGUUUGCAGAGCGUCGAUAUUCAUCAGAGAGAUUUGAACAUGACGAGACUCACUUCAGUCUGCGAGCUUCUCUUGCUGUGCGUCUACAGUUACUUUGUGAACACAGAAAUUAUUUUGAUGGAUCUUCAGCUCACAACGUACAGCGGCGGGACGCCAGCUCCAAGUUGUUUUUCACUGAAGUCAUGGUGACGAAGAUGACGGUCUCUCCGACCUGGUACGUCAGUGAAGGCGACACUGUGGUGAUCAACUGCACCACGCACGCUGACAACGGGAACUACAGCGACAGCAUGGACCUGCAACUGACCUGGACCAGGAUGAGCCCUGCAGAGAGGACCAAGAAGGUCUUAGUGAGUCAACGGGCGUCUAAAGGCAUCUCCUAUGUGCUGAGCCCCGUUACCCAUGAGCACCAGGGUGUCUACGCCUGUGACGAUGACGGCAGCUUCCCUCAUGUUUAUGUUCGAGAUUGGCACCAAAUUCUCUGGGUGGCUGAUGCUUCUCCGAGAGCCGCCAUAGAUGUGAGCAGCCACAGCAGGAACCAGUUCUUCAAUGGCGAGACGUUCAAUGUGAGCUGCCAGCUGCCCGACGAUAACUCCCAGUGGGAGAUGAUGAGAUUCGACAACUUUAUGGGAAAUAUCAGAGAGUGUCGAAAUCAAGUGACCUCAGGACGCCGCCUGUCCUGCACGGUCCGUGCUGGAUACCCCUGGUCGGACGUCCUGUACUGGUGUGAGACUCCAGCAGGAGAGAGGAGCAACGCCCUCAACAUCACCACCGCUGCUGGUGUGAGGGUGGUCCUAGAGAGCCCGCCACUUCCUGUGUUUGAAGGCGAGAACGUGACGCUACGCUGUUUACACAAAAACAGAACCACAGAGGAAAAAGCCUCCAACUUCAGAGCCGACUUCUACAAGAACCACCGUCAGAUAAGGGUUUUAACUGAAGGCAACUUGACUCUGACAGCAGUGACCAAAGCUGACGAGGGAAUCUACAACUGUCGCCACCCAGUGGACGGACCGUCUCAUGAAAGCUGGAUCACCGUUAAAGCUCGGCCGGACGAAGACCAGGCGGAGAAGAAGAGUGGUGAUGUCCUCGAGACACGAUAAACACUCGUGUUUGACCUCCAGGCCCGGUCACCUGCUCUCUCCCAAACAGCUCUCAUAAUCGUAAACAUGAGAGGAUUUUUUGUAUGUAUCUACGUCACAUAUGAGAAGGAUUUAGUCAUUUAGUCAGACGAUAAUGUAAAAAUAAAAACACAGAAAAUCCUGCA